AUAUCUCUUCACACGAGUCCCUCUGUAAAAAAUAAAUAAAUACAAAAUACAAAAUCUCUCUGAAUUGCCUUUCUUGGUCGUACGCAGGGCGGGUAGUGUGCUAUCGCAUUUACUCGACUGGGCAGCAGCCCACUCAACGCAGCCAGAACGACUAUUUUGGUUCUUUUGGGUCGAAAUCUACCGGUUUCUUUCUCUUUUUUCCCCCAAUGCGAGGAAUAUCCAGGAGCGACGCGUUGAAAGGAAGAUUUAAUUUAAACGGACGUUCUCCCCAGCCAAUCACAAUCAGGGAGUCCAUUUAACUCCAGCGCCCAGCCAAUAGACGCGGUUUAAUAGCCUUUUCAAGGCGGGGCCCGUGUCGUGUUUGUGAAACAAGCGAAGAGCGAUUCAAACAAACACGCACUGCCAAGCGAGCGGUGAUAUCGGAAAAGGCUGGAGCUUUGAGACUGGGAGGCGUGAAACAAAACCACAGGACACGGGUUUUGUAUAUGUGAUACAAACCUGUAAAUGCAGCGGGUUUGAAGACCGAUUUGUCGAAUAGGGACGAGGCCUAAAAUGACAGGCAAGGGACUGAAACGCAAGCUUCCUGAAGAGGGUGAUCUCCUGGAGGGCUCUGCAGUUCAGAAGGGCAGCCGCUUGUACUCCACGCAGCGCCAGUCCGUCCUCAGCAUCUCCCUGGACAAGCACAACCGUGGGCAGAUGAUGCUGGAGCCCAGCCUUCGUCGCUCCGUCCUCAUCGCCAACACCCUGCGGCAAAUCCAAGAAGAGAUCAGGCAGGAGACAAGCGACCCCGGCACGCCACAGAUCGACAGCCCGUCUGUCCCUCAGGUCUCUCCCCUCUCCGAAUCCAGCAGCCUCAAAGAGGCCCUGCCCGCGCCCGCACCUCCGUCGCGGCUUUCAAUGGAGAACCAUCCCUUGGGGCUGGGGGACAGCGAUGACUGGAUGCUGCUGUCGUCCGAGGAAGACUUCUCCUUGUCUUCGGCCAUUUCCUCCUUGCUCAAGGAGCUGGACGUGGCGAUUGACGGGAAUCCCGCCCCCAAUCCUCAGCGCACGCCCCUGGGCUCCAUCGAAAACCUGGAGACGGAGAAGCCGGACAAACAAGAGCCCUGCAAGGCGGAGAGCAAGCACGGGGGCUGCCCCGAAGGCUGCAGGCCGCCCGAGACGGCGUUCGGAAGCUUGGAGAUCAUGAGCUCCAGCUACCUCCGUGACGUGGCGCUCGACGAUCUGUUUUUGGACAUCGACACCUCGGUUUACGAGCGCGAAGCUGGCAGGACUUUGUCGGCGGCGGCCAGCGACGAGUUUCUGAAGUAUCUGCCCUCCUGCCACCCCUCAUCUUUUUCCAUGAAUCCCAACGCCAGGGAUUUGAACGAACUGGAGCACAUCAUGGAAAUACUGGUGGGGUCCUGAUGACUGAUUUGCAAAGCGGGCUUCAUGAGCUUUUUUUUUGUAUUCUAUGAUUUUAUCAAGACUUUAAAAUAUGAUGGUGUAUUUUUCAGUGCAGUUUCCUAAGCAAGAUGCUGAAUCAAGCCUGCUGCAGUCUGGCAGUAGUUCAAAAAUGAAGCACUCCUGCUCUUCUGAGAUGAAAUCUGGGGUCCAAAAAAAAACAAAAAUACUACACAAUGAAUGAUCUUCCAUGAAGAUUUGUUUGUUUUUAUAUACAACUCCUAAAACCUCUUAAUAUAACUAAAACCUCUUGUAACUUGUAUCGCCUUACUGUCCUGAACAAGUAAUUUCUAAUAGGGGACUUAGCCUAAGAUUUCUUGUAGAGAAUCGACUGUAACAGAUAUGUAUCAGUAACCAUCACAGACCUCCAAAACUACCUCUCUUUUUUUAAUUUAUUUUUUUGUUAAUUGACCUCUGCACCAGCUAUACAAAGCAAAACAUUUCCCUGCAGUAUAGUCAAAAGAGAAGGAUGACUUCCUAACUUUGGAGCUUUCACAUGUGUUCCAAAUUCCGCCAAACGGUUUGCGAAACUGACGCGAGGGAUCAAAUCUAGUGUUCUGUUCAAAAUCCUGGUUUAUUCCCAUAAACAAUUGAUCGAAACGGGAUUAGUUAAAUAAUUAACGUUAUUAUCUUUAAUCCUUAGUCCUAUUUUAUGAAAUCUGUAGGGAAGGGUUGAUCAGCAUUGUGCACCCCGGGUAAUAUUUUAUACAUAAUCCUGCACUUGCUUGCUGCUUUUAAGACACAGAAAAUGCCUCAUAAGACCAAGGGAGUUUGAACUGCAGAAAAAUGAGGUGCAGAGGGUUUUGUUUUUUUUAUUAUAACUUUUACAAAAGUUUGAAGUCCACUUUUUACAAUGCAGUGUGGACAUGCCACUCAUAAACGGUUUUGUCAUUGUGUUUUCUUUCGAUUUUUUUUUUUUUUUUUUUAAACAAGAUGCAUUUAAAAAAAAAAAAAAAAUUAGGGCUGCAGCCACUACUGUACUGAUUUUACUGAAACGUAUCUAUUUUAGAAAGUUGUAUUCAGUUUGAAAAUAUUUAUUUUUUUAAUGUAUUAACUCUUGCCUUUUUUUAAAAAAUAAUAAUGUAUUAAGUUUUAAACUUAAUUAUAAUAUAAAGAAUGUUGUUAGAGACUAACUUUAUUUUGACUGCUGCCCCUUUGAGACAUUACCGAAUACACACACUUUUAAAAUAAAUCGGUAUUGAGACAUUUUCAGACAUGCUUGACUUCACUGGAAGGUUUUUUUUUUUUUUUACGAUUUGAGUGUUUUGAAGUUGUGAGUAUACUGUCCACCCAAUUACAAGCACUCUAAUUUGAAAGAAAGUGUUAUAGCACAGUUGUUUUUUUUUAAAUGUGCAUUUUAAAUUCAGCUGUAUGGGUCUUCAGUCUGAAAGCAAGUUUGUUGUAUCUGUGUGGGAGGGGAGGAGCUACAUCCUAUAAUUAACUUAAUUAACUGAUUCUACUAAAAUGCCCGAGAUUUUUUUUUUUUUCUAGCGUUUCUUUUAAUGCAUACUGCAAAAUGACAGCUUUACAGAUUGAAAAAACUGGCUUUAAAAUGUAUGCAUAAUCAUUGUGUUUUUACUUCAGCUGUCAUUACACAGGUCUUUUUUUAAAAUAUAUUUUAAAUGUAGUGGUAUUGCUGCAAGAAAUUCGAUGUACGCAAGGAAAGCAUUGUAUCACAGGGAUGUUUUUGUAUUUUACGAAGAUUUGUCUGUCGGUUUAAUUUGAUUUGUAUAUUUAUAUAUUUUUAAAAAAAGUGUUAUUUUGUAAAGCUGAAAUUGCGUCAAACAACCCUAACUUAUUUUCUGACAAUUACACGUCGGUCAUAGUGUGCCGGAUUAAUUUAAAUAAUUCAGUAGAUGAGAAUAAAGCGGUCUAUCUGUGUGAGCAAACUAUGCAAAUACUGUAAGGUAUGUGUAAAGAAAUAUAUAGAAUUCAAUUCAAUGAUGUAUUUACAGCUUUGUAAAUAAAAUUAGAAAAUUGAUAAGAA